CUAUAUGGUCUGGAUGCAGACCUGAUCAUGCUGUCACUAGCUACACAUGAAGUCCAUUUCUCAAUACUGAGGGAGGUAAUUAAUCCUCCUGGGCACCAAGAAAAAUGUUUUCUCUGUGGUCAAGGCGGUCAUCUGGCUGCUGAAUGUCGUGGUGGAACAAAUGACCGCAUUCAAGAUGCAAGUGGGAAGUUUUUAGAUGAUAUCCCUAUUUAUAAGAAAAAGUAUCAGUUUCUCAACAUCUGGGUUUUGCGAGAAUAUUUGGGAUAUGAGAUGGAUAUUCCCAAUCCUCCAUUUGAAAUUGACUUCGAUAGGCUGGUGGAUGACUUUGUGUUUCUGUGUUUCUUUGUCGGCAAUGACUUUCUUCCUCAUAUGCCUACACUCGAAAUUAGAGAGGGUGCCAUAAAUUUGCUCAUGUCUGUAUAUCGGCGGGAAUUUUCUGCAAUGGGUGGUUAUCUUACUGAUGCUGGUGAGGUAUUCUUGGAGCGUGUUGAACACUUUGUUCAGGCAGUUGCAGUGCAUGAAGAUCAGAUAUUUAGAAAGAGAACUCGCAUACAGCAGUCAUAUGAGAACAAUGAAGAGAUGAAACUGAAAGCAAGAGGAGAGACUAGUCUAGAGCCCCGACCUUCAGCCGGCGAUAAGGUGAAGUUGGGGGAGCCUGGAUAUAAGGAUAGGUACUAUUCUGAGAAAUUUGGUGUAUCGGAACCAGAGAAGAUUGAUGAAAUCAGAAUGGACGUGGUAAGUACGGUCAUUGCAUUUAUAAUAGAUAGUGAUCUUUUAAUU